CAUUCUUGGGAACACAAAAAAGUAGUGCGCCACUUUUUAACAUCAUUCGAAUAGGAAAGUUUCCGCUUAGAAUGGUCAGUCUCUGUAUAUGAGCAUAAACCCUUAACAAUCGAUUCAGCCCAAACUAGUCGUUAGCAACAUUUGAUUUUCUUUUUUUGAAUAUAUCGACUGUUGGUUCGUCGGAGUGGAUCAGAGAGACGUUGGAGAUGAAGGCAGAGAAGAGGGUUGAGCAGGAGGAGGAGGAGGCGGUGAAGGGAGGAGAGCUGUUGUUCUGUGGCGCCACGCGUCGGAGUGCCGGUGGCGGCCGCAACGUUGGAAACUUCGUCUCUCUAACUCGACUCCGGCCUCUCGUUGGUGUCAACAUUCGUUUGGUCGUGUCGGGUUGUGCAUCUUUUCACUGUGUGGCAUUGGAUGUUGAAGGACGUUGCUAUACUUGGGGGCGCAACGAGAAGGGGCAACUAGGCCAUGGAGAUACAAUGCAGCGUGAUAUGCCAGCUGUUGUUUCAAAACUUUUGCAGCAUACAGUUGUUGGAGCUGCAGCUGGAAGGAGCCACACUGUGUUGGUAACUAAAGAUGGACUCUCUUUCUCCUUUGGCUGGAACAAACAUGGGCAGUUGGGCACAGGUUCAUCAAAGAAUGAAGUUGAAUCAUCUCCUGUACACUGUCUUGUUUCUGAAGUCAGAACUGCUGCUUGUGGGGCUGAUUUUUCAGUGUGGUUAACUUCUGUUGAAGGAGCUUCUAUUCUGACUGCUGGUCUUCCACAAUAUGGUCAACUUGGGCAUGGAACAGACAAUGAGUACAACACUAAAAGUAGUUCGGUAAGGCUUGCUUAUGAAGCUCAACCAUGCCCUAAAACAUUAGCUUCCCUUGCUGGAGAAACUAUAGUGAAAGUUGCUUGUGGAACAAAUCAUACAGUUGCUGUGGAUUCAAAUGGCUUUGUUUACACGUGGGGCUUUGGCGGUUAUGGAAGGCUUGGACAUAGAGAGCAGAAGGAUGAGUGGAUCCCUCGUCGUGUUGAUAUUUUCACAAAGCACAAUGUUCUACCGCCUGAUGCUAUAAUUUCAGCUGGUUCUCUUAACUCUGCAUGUACUGCUGGUGGAGGACAGUUGUAUAUGUGGGGCAAAAUAAAGAAUGCCGGAGACGACUGGAUGUACCCUAAACCUCUUAUGGAUUUAAGUGGCUGGAAUAUACGUUGCAUGGAUUCAGGCAAUACGCACCAUUUUGUUGGUGCUGAAACUUCAUGCAUAAGCUGGGGCCAAUCUUUGUCUGGGGAGCUGGGAUAUGGACCGGAUGAACAAAAAUCUUCUACAAAUCCCAAGAAAGUAGAAAUUCUUGAGGGCAUGCAUGUCAUCAGUGUUGCAUGUGGAUUUGCCCAUUCCCUGGUGGUGGCUGAUAGAAUGAAUGUUGGUGACCUUCUUGAUCAGUUUGAUGUCUACGAUGACAAAACUUCUGGCAAAGGGAGUGAUGAACUGGAGAGUAAAUUUUCAGUUGUUAAAAGGACCAACAAAAAGGGUGCUUAUAAAACUUCAGAAAACUCUGAAAAGAGGAAGUCAAAAGAUUCAUCAGAGUUGGAGGAGGACAAAGAGAAGGAUAGCGAUGACGAGAGUGAUGAUGGGCAGGCAGAACAGAAGAUGCAGCGAGGUGGAAAGACUGGUAGAGGUCGAGACAAUGGUGCUCUCAAACUGACACCGGAGAAGAAAAGUGCAGAGUGCGCUCAAGGAAAAGGAAAAUCAGCUAAGAGGGGAAGACACUAGAGAGUUACAAGCUACAAUUUCCCCAGUUUGGCUUGAAAAUUUUGUUCAUAUUUUCUAUUUAGUGGCUGCUGUAUUGACAUUGUUUAGUUUGAUGCCAUGCAAACACGGUCUCCAUUGCUUAUUGAACGGAUCAAAUUAGACACUCCUGUUAAUUUCAGUGAAGGGACACGGUUUGAAAUUUGGAUCGCAGCAGUAUGGGUAUAUUGUUGUUGAUAGAAUGGCAAGCAUUAGAGUAGUCAUUUUGGUCAAGCAUUAUAGACUAAUAGUAUUAUAGUACUUAUGGACAAUGCACAAGGCUACUGUAAUGAAAAUUUCUCUCCCCUUAAAUUCUUGCUCCUUUACUUGCUUCCUCCAUUUCAGGUUUUUUCUGUUGGGCCUUGUCAGAAUUAUUUUGUGGCAAACAGAUGGUAGGGCUGAGGUCGUUCACACUGUCA